GAUCAUGUUUCCAUCUCGUGCACGAAAAUUUUGUGAGUUGGAGGUAUUUCGAAUUAACUGUAGACAAAGUCAGACGUGUUUUGUAAAAGUUGUGUAAAAUGGCAAAUGAUAAAGGAAUUUUUGUACAUCUUGUUGCUGGAGGAGCGGGAGGAACAGCAGGGGCAGUAGCAACAUGUCCUCUAGAAGUUGUGAAGACGAGGCUACAGUCAUCGCUGGGGAACAGCCUUGCAUCUGCCCACCACCCUGCAUUUCGACCCUCACACAAUACAGUCCUUGCCCACGCUGCGGGCAUCCACACAAGUCAAGGGGCAGUAUUCCCAGUAAUGAGGACGCGGACAGGAAGCCUGCGGUAUUGUUUGGCACACAUCCUGGAAACAGAAGGUGUGCAGGGUCUAUUCAGGGGUCUAGGACCAAAUCUUGUAGGAGUAGCUCCAUCAAGAGCCAUCUACUUUUUCUCCUAUGCCAACAUGAAGACGUUUCUGAACAGCCGAUUAACCCCAGACACCCCCGUAGUUCACUUCCUCUCAGCACUCACUGCAGGUUUCACAUCCUGUUCAUUGACUAACCCUAUCUGGUUUGUGAAGACGCGCCUACAACUAGAUCAAAAGAGAAACAACAGAUUAACAGUAAGGGAGUGCAUUAGACAAAUCAACGAGCAACACGGAAUUCGUGGAUUCUACAAGGGAAUUACUGCUUCCUACUAUGGCAUGGCUGAAACUGUCAUCCACUUUGUGAUUUAUGAGGCCAUCAAAGCGCGUCUACAAGAACGCUACUCUGGGGACAGCACGAACUGGACAGAUUUUUUGCGCUGUAUGGUGGCUGGAGCAACCUCCAAAACCAUUGCAACUUGUGUUGCUUACCCACAUGAGGUUGCUCGUACUCGACUUAGGGAGGAGGGAACCAAGUACCGCUCCUUCUUUCAGACUCUACUGGUGGUGUAUAAAGAGGAGGGGAGGGCCGGAUUAUACCGAGGAAUUGGAACUCAACUGGUCCGUCAGAUCCCAAACACUGCUAUUAUGAUGGCCACAUAUGAAUUAGUUGUCUAUCUCUUCUCAGACUCGCAUUAAGGAAUCUCAUGAAAAAUUUGAUUAUCUGUGAUAGAUUCUGGGCGGCAAGAUUCCAUUCCAGCCAAUCAAAAGAAAGGACAGGACUGGCGUUAAAUUUUCCUGCCUCUCUAGCUGGUGUUCAAUGUUCUAUCGUGCCAAACCUGUGUAGUGCUGAAGCUAGUCGUGUAUAAAUGGCCUAAACAUUUGGAUUACACUUGUGGAGUGUCUCAAUUGGACAAACUUCGACAUGACAAUAUCCCAUUUUGGCGUCUCAUUCAGAUUUUUGAAAUGAAUGGAAAAAAAUUGCUCAGAAAUGACACAUGUGAAAAAAGGAGUCAUUUUAGCUCAGGUUAAAAUCAACAUCCAACCUCUUAAUGAUUUAAUUUGUAUAUGCACAGUAUUAAAAACUACAUACAUGAUCUUGACCAUAAAAACCUGUGGUUUCUUUUUUGAAGCUGAUUUGUCAAUGAUUAGUGGCAUAAGUGGAGGCUUACCUUUUAAUAUGAAAACCAGUUUGAAACUGAUAAAAGAUGUAUUUCGUUGAAAACUUAAAAAAAACCUAAAAAGUUCAGAAAAAAAGUGGCUUCCAGAUUAAAUAUAGAAGUAACUUUGCAUUUUGUGUCCUCAAACUGUAUAAUGGUUGUUAAACUUUACUUGAAAUUUUAUUAUUAAAGUUUGUCAUAAAAAAUUGAA